CAUGGCGGGCCUUGAGGGAGACGACGGCGGGGCCGCCUUGGAUCACAUUGUGACGCAGUUCAACACCUACGAGGAUUACCUGGACUCGCAGAUCACCACGCAGGACCUCUACUACUUGGAGAACGAAGAAAUCGCCCGCCAGCUGGUGGAGCUGGGCUUCCGAGGAAGCGGAGAAGUGCUAAAAAGGGAGGACUUCAUCGCCAGGAAAUUAGCGGCUGAAGUUUCCAGGCUUUCGGAAAGACAUCAGCAGAAAACCCUGUCAAGCGCGGGCAAAGAACUGAAAGACAACUUUUUGAAGGCUUUGGCGGAGAGAGAAGAAGCCAACCGUAACGGGAAAAUGGCUUCGAUCAUCUUCAUUCGGGAUCGCAAUGCCCACGGCAAUGAAGUCUCUGCGUAUAUCGACUAUGCACACCGGCUGAAGGUGGAUGACUUUGAAGUUUAUUUCAGCGGGAAGAAGAGGCUUUUCCCCAGACGCUCGGACCUGAGCUUCUACAAUUGGGACAGAAACCUUUGCUGCUUGAAUUCCAGUCCGAAUUACCAAGUGAUUGCAGAAAACACGUGCGGCUUGCUCUUCAAGAACAAAUCUGACCGGAAGACCAUCAAUGUGGAUCCGAAGGUUUUUCCUGGGGACAACACGACACGCUCUCCGAUCGAGACAGACCUCUACCUUCAAGUGGUUAUCUAUGACCACGUGCUCAGAAGAAAACUGUAACCAUCUUCUUUCACUGGAAAAGUGACUUGUGCUGGGAAGAGGAAUGGAGUUUUCCAAAGACAAAUGAACACGUGCACCUAACAGUAAUGGGGGACUAAUUUGUGGCAUGAUCCCUGGGAAAGCUUUCCUGUACCUGUUCAUCAAGAACUUUUUUGCUUUUCCUUUCCUCUGUACAUUAAAGGGCUUGAAAUUA